GCGACGGCCUCGGAGUCCAGCGCGUCCACCACGGCUGCUCCCACCACCGCCGCGCCCACGGCGGCCGCGUCGGCCGGGACUGCCGCCAGGAGCCACGGCAAGAGCCUGCGGGGAUCCGCCAACUCAAAGGUGCGCCACGAGGCCGCCGCGACGACCACUUCACUGCCGUACGACUGUGCCGCCGGCUUCAACAAUUGGAAGGCGGGGUGGAGCGACGGGAAGAAGCGGUGGUGCUGCGACCACGAGCAGGCGGGCUGCGAUGGGGGCACGAUCUCCAUCGACCAGCUGAUGGAGCG